UCAAUUUUUAUCUCUAGUCACUGUUAUAAAUAAUAAAACCCUCAAUCGCAUUUUCUCUCUGUUUUUUCUUUAAACCCUCAGAAUUUAUUGCUUCUCCAAACAUAAUUAAUCCAACGUUCUCUUGCUCUGGAUACUUUGAUUAAUUCCCUAAUCUCUCAUACUUAUUCACUUUCAACUAAUUAAUUUUAGAAUCGGAGAGAGGCAUAUUUAUGAUAUAUUUUCAAUUAUUGCUUUCUUUCAUAGUGGCAAUGGAAUUGUAUGCUACCAAGGAUUAAAUUAUGUACUUUCUAGGGUUUGCAUAGCUUCCCAAAGUGAAAGGAACCAACAAUGCUUCCUCUAAGGGGUUUUUGGAGAAGGCAUAGGAGAAAGUUUUUAAUUACAUCAGGUGUUUUAGGAGGGGGUUAUUUUCUGUAUAAAUUAUACAAUGCACACAAGUGCAGGCUUGCAGAUUUGGAGAAAGAGCUUGCAAAUGAACGCGAACAUGAAGAACUCAUCAAGGCUCAAGUAGCAGCCCAUUUCGAGAACAUUCAAAGAAUAGCUGAUACAACAACGUUGCCUCAUGCAAUGCGUUAUUUAAGCAUCCGGAUCGCAGAAGAGUUGGACCUUUCACAGCUUACUGAGAAAUUGAUGAAAGGCAAGGGUCAGCCCAGCACUUUGACUCCCUUGGAAAAACUUGAGCUCUGGGACAGACUCAAAAUCCUAAGUUUCACAAGACUGGUGGUUUCCUUGUGGGCGAUGACAAUAUUGAGCCUGUACAUCAGAACGCAAGUGAAUAUUCUUGGAAGACAUUUGUAUAUUGAUACCGCACGUCUUCUUGGAAGCUCACUCUAUAUUGAGGAUGUCGAUAUUAUUGAAAGAGAUGGCCAGAAAAAGUUUUUGGCUAGUUCUGAUUUUCUUGCUAACGUUGGCAUCCAGGCACUGAGUUCUGAUGUCCAAUUAGCAGCAGCAGAGGUUUUCAAGGGAAAACAGUUGAGGGAUUUCUUCAACACAACAACCCUCCAUGAAACAGUUAUGCAGAUACUCGACUUGUUAAUGAGCAGGAGAAGUCCGCAUCACUGGGUAGAAUAUGUGAUGCCUGCCGAUACUACGUUUGAUGAACAACCCAUAGAUUCCAUCAGUGAUGAUGCACUUAAUAUUAAUACUACAAAGUUUGAACAGCUUAUGGCUGAGGCCCGAGCAGUGAUAUCAAGUGCUGAGUUCCUGGUGGUGUUGGAAACAUCAUUGAAAGUAGCCGUGGAAGCAAUUGUGGAUGAUUUGGGAGCUGAGUCGGGUGGUGGCAGCCUGACAUCAGGAAUGCCACUGGCAAGAGUUGUGCCGCGAGUUGCACAAAUUUGCCCGUUACUGCUUGAAGAACCGAGUGAGAAUCGGUAUCUCCAGAUCAUCCGGACUGUACAACAAGCUGAACAAUUCUUCAGCAUCCUUUAUGCGGGUAUGCCAACCUCGUAAUAGAUCAUGUUUUUAGCCUUUUUAUACCAUUGUAAUCAAUUUGUAGCUGUGCUUUUACAAAAUUCAAACUAGGGAAAAGGAAUAAAGAAACUUACUAAAAACAUUGUCUCAUCAACUUGUAAUUCUUUACUCAAUAAACAGCUGUUUUUUCUUGUUUAUCA